AUGACUCCCUUGCAGCACUCCACCGCCGUCGAGAACCAAACCACCUUCUGCCUGUGGUUCCACCACUGCUACGUUGGCUGCACCUCUCCCUGGCACGACCAAACAGAUCCCCAGAUCACAUACCUCUUGAGCAGCUUUGAAGAUGAUCUCAAUGUCGACACUUCAACCCUCAACGACAAGGAUGUCAAGAUCUGGAGAUUGGACCUGUUGAACAACAGUGAUGGAGACGCAACCAAGUGGUCGACAAACGCAGAAGAUGUUGCUGCUAAACAGGAGAGAAUGGAGGGGUACUUGAAUUCUAUCGAGAAGGAGUGUGAGAAGCUGUUUGGUGAGUCUGCCUCUUCUCUUACUGUUACUUGGCCUGCCUUGCACUUCUUGGUGUGGUUUAUCCCAUAA